UUGGCAUCUCCUGCAUGAAGAUGUAAAAAGGGUGUGUUAUUAAUAACAACGUGAAAGUGAAAGUAUUGAAAUAUAGAAAGUAAAUCAAACCAAUAGACCUAACUUGUAUUAAUAUUUUUUUAACGAUAUUAGUAGGCCUACUGGUAGACAGAAUCUCCAUUAGGAACAUAAAAAUCAUAGAAAAGUCUGUGUUACAUCGUCAUCAGUGUGAAAUAUUAAUAGGCCUAAUAAUGAUGAAUUGUAGACCAGAGUUUUUUCAGGGAAAAGUCUGUGUGAAAUUCUUCAACGCCUGAAAAUCUUGGAAGACCUAAGCCUGACCCCCCCCCCCCAAAAAAAAAAACCCAGUGCUGUUUCCAUUCCACUGCUAUAUGUAGGCCUACUACAAAAAUUAUGCCAAUAUUGUCUGCUAAAGAAAUCUGUAUGAUGGUGAUACUGCAUCAGUGCAUGUCAAUAAUAAUAUACUAGAGCUGCUGAAUUCUGACAUUGCAUCAGCUAGCCUAUUUUAGAAUUUAGAUGAGAUUCAAAUGUCCAAUAUUCUAAUUUCUCAAACCACUGAGUUUAGUCAUUAGAAAUGGGUGUUUGUAAUUUGUGGAAUGUAUUGGAACCAGUAAAGAAACAGACCAGCCUGUCUCAACUAUCCGGUCAAACUGUAGCCAUAGAUUUAGGUGGAUUGGUAGUACAAAGUUUUAAAGCUAGUCAACAAAGUACUGUUACUGGUACCUUCAUGAUGAUAAGGGUGUUGUUUUAUAGGAUUUUAAACUUAUUAAAACUAGGAAUAAAACCAUUGUUUGUCUUAGAUGGAAGUGCACCUUUAAUUAAAGCGGAGAACCUUUUGAAACGUCAACUACAACAAGGACAUUCUCCCAGUAAAAGUACAGAAAGGUUAAAGUUUCAGACAUGUCAAGAAAAGUGUUUGCGACUACUAGAUGCUUUGGGAAUACCAUAUAUAUCAUCAACAGGAGAAGCUGAAAAACUGUGUGCUAUACUAAACAAUAGUCAGGUUGUAGAUGCCUGUAUGACUGAUGACAGUGAUUCCUUCCUGUAUGGUGCUCAAACUGUUUAUAGAAAUUAUGAACACAAUAAUAAGGAUACAACAAUAGAAGUUUAUCAUAUGAAAGAUGUAGAAGAAAAUUUAAAUUUAAAUAGAAGAGAUUUAGUAGCAUAUGCUCUAUUAGCUGGUUGUGAUUAUAAUGAAACUGGUGUACAGGGAUUAGGACAAACCAAAAGUUGUACAUUACUACAAGAUUUAAAGAAAUCUCAUCCAGAUGUCUUAGAAAGAAUACAGUCAUGGAGACAAGAUUCACAAUUGAAGGCUUUGCAAAAGAAUCAAGAAAAAUUAAGAGAAAUUAAAAAAGGAAAACAUUGUUCAUCAUGCCUGCAUUUAGGUUCUAAAAGUAUUCACCUACAAAAAGGCUGUGAAGUAUGUAACACAGUUAAUGACUGCGCAACAGACAACACAGUACUAUGUCAAUGUCCAUGGCAUCAUCUACAUAAUCAAACUGCAUUAUUUGCUACAGAGCUAGGAAUACGUGACAAAGCUUUAAGAGAUGAUAAAUUUCCAGACACCAGGAUUAUUGAUGAAUUUCUAAAUGAUGAUGGAAAUAAUAGAGGAGUACAUGACAUAAAAUGGAAGGUACCUAAUUGGAGAGAUCUGAAAAGUGUUUCAGAGCUAUAUUUUAGAUGGAAUCCUGAUUAUUUAUUAAAGCAAGUAAUUCCUGCUGUUGUUUAUAUGUCAUUACAUGGUAUUUUACCUCUAACAACUAUUAAACCUUUACAGAUUGAGAAGUCAUGUCAAGAUAAUUUUAAAGCUUGCUAUCAAACCCAAUGGUCUAUCCAAGAUGAUGGCUGGCCUAAUGAGAGUGACAGUGUUGAAAAUUACACAAUUAAAACAGAAAAGUGCCUGUUACAAUCUAAAUUCCCAUUAAUUGUUAAAGACUUUGAAAAACAGCAAGAGGAAAAAGAAAAACAAAAGUCUUCAGAAAAGCAAAAGAAGCCUCGAAUAAAAAAGGAACCACAUCAAAUGACAAUGGAUAAGUUUUUUUCUUCAAGAAAAAGAUUAAACUUUGACAGUAGUAGUACGAGUAAAAAGAAAAAAAGUUAAUGAGACCAAUUGAUCAUGUAAAGAAAUUGUGUAAGACUAAUACUGUGAUAUAACAGGCAACACUAUUGUGUCUAACCUACACCUCUGACAUAUAGGGCCCUAAAAUUAAAAUUUAUAUUAUUUUAAAACUAAAUAACAGAAAUUGGUUCAUUAUUUUAAAAUGUCAAAAAUUGUGAAUCUUUUUCAAAAGUACUUUUUUUUAAAGAUAUAUUUAAUGUGUACAGGUCACAGUUCUAUGGAAUACAAUUACUGCUUAUUACUGAGUGACGUUUCGACUAGGCUUCUCUAGUCAUUAACAAUACAGUAAUUGUAUUCCAUAGAAUUGUGACCUGUAUACUCUAGUUCAAUUACUAAAUGCCAUUGAAACAGUUUAUAUUUAAUGUAAUCUUGGCAGAUUGCGUCAUCCAAAGUAUUUAGUUUAUCAUAGUUUGUUCUAGCUAUAUAGUCCCUUUCAUUUUUGCCUGCAUAAUCCAUCCCAGUUGAUUUCAUUUGGGAUGAUGGAGGAAUAUCCAUUAUUAUUAAAAUCUCUUCUACUUCAUAUUUAUCAUUAAAAUGCAGUAGUCAUAAAAUAUACUCUUCAAAAAAAGUAGGGGAUAUUCAGAAACAAUACAAAACUGCAGAAAUGCACUGCUGUUUUUAUUAGAGGUAACCAGUGUAUGUUAAUAACAGGCCAAUUGCCUACACAUGGACAUAAACAGUUCAUAUGGGCGGCUUAUCUGACGGCCCCAUUUCACUCGCAAAUACAUACACUGUCAAAAGUGAAAAUGGACUUUUUUGAUUUUUGUCUUAAUAAUGAGUAAUUGCUCCACCAAUCCUCAGACAUUCAGCAAUUCGCCGUGGCAUGCUCCUAAUCAACCGUCCAAUCACGAUUCGGGGCAAUCUGACCCACUCCUCUUGCAGUGCCACCGCCAAUUCUUGCAUUGUUGUCGGUUGACGUUGACGAACACAUCUUCCGAUCAAAUUAAACGUAACACACUAAAGCAAAGAUACGCUAAACAGUAAAUCUUAUGCAAGAACCAAUAGGAAAGCAAACAUGGAUAGAUAAACCAGCACACGGCAGUUUUCAUCAGCCCUUCCUUGAAGUGUCAAAUUUGACAAUGAACCCCUCCCACGUGUAUGGCGCAUGUGCAGCUCAGUGGUUCUCUUGGGGCGGUAAGUUCUUCAUCUGUGAACUAUUUAUCAUAUCACAACCUGCAUAGGUAUUUGCAUUUCAAGAUCCCCUACUUUUUUUGAAGAGUAUAUUAUACCAAAAUUUGACACUGCAUAUGUGCAAUGACUUUCAUAUAACAUACAUGUACAUGUAUGAUAAAGUCCACAAUGGUCACAUCUGCCAUUGUAUAUCUGAUGUAGGCUUUUGUGUAUAUGUACACGAUAUAAAAAAUUGAUAACAAAUGAAUAUUUAUAAGGUGUGCCUAUUGUUAUUAUAUAAUAUAUACAUGUAUGACACCUUUUAUAUGGCCUGUACAGUAUAGAAACUACUGGACAAUUUAAUGCAUGUACCAAAACUUUUGAAAAAUAAAAAUUAAACUAGAAA